GCCGUUGGAUUACAGCUCUGUUUUCUUGGUCCCCCAACUGUGCACCCCCGGAUGAGAAUUAUUGGUGGACUGUAGACUCCAGUUCCAGCACUGUCUUCUGAGAUGAUUUCGACUGCCAGAAUGCCCUUAGGGCUGCUGCUGCUGCUGCUGCCUUUCCUGAGUUCUGCAAAAGCUCAAGUUAAUCCAGCCAUAUGCCGCUAUCCUCUGGGCAUGUCAGGAGGCCACAUUCCAGAUGAAGACAUCACAGCUUCCAGUCAGUGGUCAGAAUCCACAGCUGCCAAAUACGGAAGGCUGGACUCAGAAGAAGGGGAUGGAGCCUGGUGCCCAGAGAUCCCAGUGGAACCUGAUGACCUGAAGGAGUUUUUGCAGAUUGACCUGCACACCUUACACUUUAUCACUCUUGUGGGGACCCAGGGCCGCCAUGCUGGGGGGCAUGGCAUUGAGUUUGCCCCCAUGUACAAGAUCAACUACAGUCGGGAUGGCACUCGCUGGAUCUCAUGGCGGAAUCGACAUGGGAAACAGGUACUAGACGGAAAUAGUAACCCUUAUGACAUUUGCCUGAAGGACUUGGAGCCACCCAUUGUGGCCAGAUUUGUUCGCUUCAUUCCAGUCACUGACCAUUCCAUGAAUGUGUGCAUGAGAGUGGAACUUUAUGGCUGUGUUUGGCUAGAUGGCUUGGUGUCUUAUAAUGCUCCCGCUGGGCAGCAGUUCGUACUCCCUGGAGGAUCCAUCAUUUAUCUGAAUGAUUCUGUCUAUGAUGGAGCUGUUGGUUACAGCAUGACUGAAGGGCUGGGCCAGCUGACAGAUGGAGUAUCUGGCUUGGAUGAUUUCACACAGACCCAUGAAUACCACGUGUGGCCUGGCUAUGACUACGUGGGCUGGAGGAAUGAAAGUGCCACCAAUGGCUACAUCGAGAUCAUGUUUGAAUUUGAUCGCAUCAGGAAUUUCACCACCAUGAAGGUCCACUGCAACAACAUGUUUGUGAAAGGGGUGAAGAUCUUUAAGGAAGUGCAGUGCUACUUCCGCUCUGAAGCCAAUGAGUGGGAACCGAACGCUGUCUCCUUCCCUCUUGUCCUGGAUGAUGUCAACCCCAGCGCCCGGUUUGUCACAGUGCCUCUCCACCACCGAAUGGCCAGUGCCAUCAAGUGCCAGUACCAUUUUGCUGACACCUGGAUGAUGUUCAGUGAGAUCACCUUCCAAUCGGAUGCUGCAAUGUACAACAAUUCUGGGGCCCUAUCGCCUUCUCCUAUGGCACCUACAACCUAUGAUCCAAUGCUGAAAGUGGAUGACAGUAACACUCGAAUUCUGAUUGGCUGCUUGGUGGCUAUCAUCUUCAUCCUGCUGGCCAUCAUUGUCAUCAUCCUCUGGAGGCAGUUCUGGCAGAAAAUGCUGGAGAAGGCUUCCCGGAGGAUGUUGGACGAUGAGAUGACAGUCAGUCUGUCCCUUCCCAGCGAGUCCAGCAUGUUUAACAACAACCGCUCCUCAUCACCAAGUGAACAAGAGUCCAACUCAACCUAUGACCGCAUCUUCCCACUGCGCCCUGACUACCAGGAGCCAUCCAGGCUGAUACGAAAACUUCCAGAAUUUGCUCCAGGGGAGGAGGAGUCAGGCUGCAGCAGUGUCGUGAAGCCCGUGCAGCCCAGUGGGCCCGAGGGAGUGCCUCACUAUGCCGAGGCUGACAUUGUCAACCUCCAAGGAGUGACCGGAGGCAACACCUACUCUGUGCCGGCCGUCACCAUGGACCUGCUCUCGGGAAAAGACGUGGCUGUCGAAGAGUUCCCCAGGAAACUCCUCACUUUCAAGGAGAAGCUAGGAGAAGGACAAUUUGGGGAGGUUCAUCUCUGUGAAGUGGAGGGAAUGGAACAAUUCAAAGACAAAGAUUUUGCCCUGGAUGUCAGCGCUAACCAGCCUGUCCUGGUGGCUGUGAAAAUGCUCCGAGCAGAUGCCAACAAGAAUGCCAGGAAUGAUUUUCUCAAGGAGAUAAAGAUCAUGUCCCGGCUGAAGGAUCCCAACAUCAUUCGUCUCCUGGCUGUGUGUAUCACUGAGGACCCUCUCUGCAUGAUCACCGAGUAUAUGGAGAAUGGCGAUCUCAAUCAGUUCCUUUCCCGGCAUGAGCCCCCCAGCUCUUCCUGCAGCAACGUACCCACUGUCAGUUACAACAAUCUGAAGUUCAUGGCUACCCAGAUUGCCUCUGGCAUGAAGUACCUUUCCUCUCUUAACUUCGUCCACCGAGACCUGGCCACGAGAAACUGCUUAGUGGGGAAGAACUACACUAUCAAGAUAGCUGAUUUUGGCAUGAGCAGAAACCUGUACAGUGGGGACUACUACCGGAUCCAGGGCCGAGCAGUGCUCCCCAUCCGCUGGAUGUCCUGGGAGAGCAUCUUGCUGGGCAAAUUCACUACAGCAAGUGAUGUGUGGGCCUUUGGGGUGACUCUGUGGGAAACUUUCACCUUUUGCCAGGAACAACCCUACUCCCAGCUGUCAGAUGAACAGGUUAUUGAGAAUACUGGAGAGUUCUUUCGAGACCAAGGGAGGCAGACUUACCUCCCGCAGCCAGCCAUCUGCCCUGACUCUGUCUAUAAGCUGAUGCUCAGCUGUUGGAGAAGAGACACCAAGCAGCGUCCUUCAUUCCAAGAAAUCUACCUUCUGCUCCUCCAACAAGCAGACGAGUGAAGCUGCAGGUGCCUGGCAACGUGCUGAAGGCCUGGGGCCUCCCACAUGACCUACCACUCACCCACGCUAAGCCACUUCAUCUGGACAUUCAACGGACUUGAGGGACACAGGGUGCUUGCUUUGUUCUCCCUCUGUCCCUCAUCUCCUCCACUCCCUACCCCUGACUCAUAUAUACUUCUCUCUUUUUUUUUUUUACAUUAAAGAACUAAAAAUGAAAAAAAAAAAGGCCUUCGGGCAGAUAAAAUACAGUAAAGAAAUAUUACUUGAUAUACCAACGUGUUGGAUAACAAAGGUUAGAAAUUU